CGAAAAAUCAGACUUUCAUAUCGUUCCAAAUUGUGUCACUGUGUCCUAAGCUGAAUUUAAUUAUAUAUUUUUGACGAAUCACAUCCGCUGCGCUAAUCUUCCGGCGAGAAGCUGUAAACAAUAAACUGGGAAUAGUAUUGAGGUGCCGUCCGAAACAAGAACUUAAAUUUUGCAGUAGAGCAUCUAGAGCUACCGCGCACGGUUCUAUUAUACACACGUAAUUCUCGAUAGUCCGUCCGUGCACAAUUACACUCGUAUAAUAGCCAUAGCGCCAUUGACACUCGUCAGAUCUAUAUAAUUUUGUGAUGCGGACACGAGUCGCUUUUUGUAUUUUUCUUAUUUAAGUUUUUUCAUAAGUGUAAUUAUCAUCUUAUAUAUUUUUUGUGACGUUAUUGUCGAAAAAUGAAUCGUAAGCGUUCACUCCCUCAGCAGACUGCGGCUUCGCCGGAAAAGAAACCGAAACUCUGCUUGUAUCUUGAAGACAACACGCCCAUUCGAACGGUCGAAGUCAGCAAUGUGCCCACCGAUCUAAGUGAAGAUCUCUGCAAAGUAUUCAUUCAGGGGUACUUCGAACGUGAUGGCCCGGUGGAACGUGUUGAAAUUUCGAGGAAGACGGACGAAGAACGUCUGGCUUAUGUCACAUUCGCUGUUCCAGAUGAUGCAGCUGAAUUGAUUGAGAAUAGAGACGUUCCUGGAUACACUCGUUGCUCAAAGUUCAUAAUCAAAAUUGCCGACGAUGAACAUCAAAUCAAGAUCGAUCCGAAUGUUAUGAGCCUGGAAAAAGUGAACGAUAACUGUCUAUUGUACAUCAUGUCUCACCUAACUUUAAUGGAUGUCAUCAAUUUGUGUAAGACGUCCACCCGAAUGCAAUCGGCCGGUCAGAUCUUUUACAAGCAAUUCGGAAAAUUCGCAUUCGGGAUGACUUUGACAGACUCGUCCAUAAAUGAAACAAAUCUGCCGGUCAUAUUGGAGGCCAUUGGGGAUCACAUCACUUCAAUAGACUGGCAUUAUCUCACAGCCGUCCAGUUCGAACUGUUGGUGAAACAUUGCCCGAAUGUUACGGAAUUGAAAUUAUCUUUCCCAAAACGACUACCAGGCGGAAUGAUCAGUCGGAACAAACAUUUCUUUGCCGGUCUGAAGAAAUUGUACAUCGAAUCUUCAACGCAUAUCUACGAUAUUAACCUGAAGUACAUGAUGUCCGGAAGAAAUCUGAGAACACUUGACCUGCAUAACUGUAACAAACUACGUGGAAACUUUUUCAAUAAACUGAAUAUCAGUAAAUUGAAAACUUUGAAAAUCGUCAAUUGUCAGCAGAUGGAUAAGAAGAAUGUUCCUCUGUCCGAAUGGAAGAAUAAAUUUACCACAUUGGCAAUAGACACAUGCUGCAGUUAUUUGUCGUGCCUUUCUCUUCCGCCGGAAAAAUUAGCAAAGAUAAAAGAACUUCAAUUGGAUAUUUCAUGCUUCAAAGGCACAACGGAUGGCCUUGACUUCAGCGGACUGACAAAGCUCAAGAAACUAACGCUGACACGCAAAUAUCAGUACAAUUACAUCGAUUCCAAUAACAUGAUCAAUGGAUUGGCUCAAAUCGAUUCAUUAGAAUCACUGCACAUACAGGGAAUCACAGUCGACACCAACACCAUUCUGGGUCUUAGAUCGAUCAAAAAUCUCAGAUACUUGAGAAUGGACCAGAUCGAGAACAAAAUCGGACGAAAUUUGUACGAACAGUUCGGCACCUACAUGUCAACAUUGCAAGAACUGUCAUUGUAUUUCGGGAGAACGGACGUCGCCAUCGGGAAAACGAUUAACGAUAUGAUCGCCGGCAUGCCGAUGUUGAAUUAUUUUUCGCAUUCGUCAAUCACUUGGGAGUGGCUGGAUGGAAUUCGCCAAGCCAAAUCCGUUACAGCCUUCGCUGAGAAGCCGACGCCUUUGAAGAUUGGUGUUACAGAAACUAUGUUCCACGAUCCGAAAAAGCAAACAUUUGAAGCGGCCCACAAGGGUGCAAUUACGUUGUCUAUUCACGAAUAGCAUUAUCUUCGGCCUUAACAAACGUUACUAUGUAUUCCACUUACCGUAUUCUUUGUGCUUAACUGAAAUUGUUAUCAAAAUCAUUUUUUUUGUAUAUUCCAGGGGAAAAAAGGCAAAAAAAAAUUAAUAAAUCUAUAAAACGACCAAAAAAA